AUGUGGAAAAUUUAAUUACUUUUUUUAUAUUUGUACUUUUAUAAUUUAAGUUUAUUAAAGAAUAUUAAGAAAAACCAAUUUUUAUCUUUUUAAAGUGAUUGUUAUAGUAAUUAAUAUAAACUUAAUAAUUCUUAAGAGAAGAUGUAAGGAAAAUUUUAGGGUAUGCUCUAAAGAUCAGAAGAAAAAAAAUAAAGAAUCAUUUAAAAAAUAGAAUACACAAAAGAACAAUAGUAGUUAAGCAUUGAAAAGAAUAAUCAAAAAAAAAGUUUAAAGCUCUAAAUUAAAAUUGAUCAAUUAGAAGCAGAAAUCUAGAAAAUUAAUAAAUCAGAUUAAAUUGCUAAAGAUUAUCAUCGAGUUUAUAAUGGUUUAUAAAACUAGUUCUAAAUUACCCAGAAUUAAUAAAUUGAAAAACUUACAUAAGCUCAAAGAAAUGAAAAUUAUAAAUUGUUGUGUUCAAUAAAAAGAUAAGCAAUUAAUUUGUAAAGUUAAGUUUAUAAAUAAAAACAUAUUGAUCCUUUGAUUUAAAUUUGUUUUCAUUGCAACGAAGUAAUAUAAAAUUUAUUUUUAUUAGCUUUUAAAAUAAUAUCUAAAAUUUGGUGUUGAUUUGUAAUUUUAAUAAGCAGAUAUAUUUGAGAUUGAUAACGAAGCAAAUCAAAAAUUAUAAGAAAGAGAAAAGUUAAAAGAAGAAAGAAUGUUAGAAAAAUAUGAUAAAAAAUAGUAUUAAAAUAAUUAAUAACUUUAAUCUUAAUAAAAAUAACAGGAUGGUAAUAAUAAAUAAAAAAAGAAAGAGAGGUCUAACAAUUCUUAAGAAAGAAAAUCUAAAUAAUAACAAUAAGAGAACUAAUAUGAAACAAAAUAAUAAUUUUAAUAAGAUUAAGGAGAUUAAUAUUCAAACUUAUAGGAUAAAAAAAAUAAAAAUUAAUCCAAAUAAGAACAAGAAAAAGAAUAAGAUUCAGAUAUUAUAAUGAUGCAAAAAUUCAAUAAUUUAAAAAUAGAAGAUAAAAAAUAAGAAAAUCAAAUAAUCAAAUAAUAAGAAAAACCUUAAGAAACUUAAAAAGGCAAAGAUGAUUCUAAAUUAUGUUAGAUUUGUUUUGAACUACCUAAAGGAUAUGUAGCUACUCCUUGUGGCCAUUUUGUAUAUUGUUAGUAAUGCAAAAAUUUAGCAUAAGGAUAGUGUUUAAUUUGUAGAGAACCUAUAUAAUUAAUGAUCAAGGUUUUUUAAUGAAAAUAUA